GUCUGAUUCACUAGCACAGCACUAGCGCGAACAUUCUAACCAAGAGCGCUCCCGAGGCCACCACUUCACUUCAUGUAUUUGCGGCACAUCUUACGACUCGGUCUCAGACGCAUGCAGUAUGUCUCGCGAAAUAAUUGCGCCCUUGGACCAUACUGCAUACCUUCGUCUUGCUCUUACAGAAGCACGGAAAUCACCCCCAAAGGCUACAAACUUCUGCGUUGGUGCCGUGCUCGUCGAUGAAGAACGCAAUGAGGUUUUGGCAACAGGCUACACGCUCGAGCUUCCAGGAAACACACAUGCUGAGCAAUGUUGUUUGAUGAAAUUUGCACAAACUAGAGGGGUUUCCGAGGACUCAGUUGGAGAUAUACUGCCGAAAUCGACGGUCAUCUACACUACCAUGGAACCUUGCGUGUUCCGGCUCAGUGGGAAUGCACCUUGCGUUGAUCGUAUCAUACAGACGCAGCUUGGUGGCCAUGAAGGUAUCAGGAUAGUCUAUCUCGGCGUAAAGGAACCGGAGAAGUUUGUCGGAGAGAAUGAGGGCCGUUCCAAGCUCCAAGCAGCGGGCGUCAAGAGCAUACACGUUCCCGGAUUGGAGGACGAAAUACUUCAAGUAGCAACGGCUGGUCAUGCGAAAGACUAGCAAAUGCGAUGAAGAGCGUUGUUAUAGGUAAGAAAUGGUUUUCUGUCGUAUUACCACAAUCCGAUAUUAGAAUCCCAUUCCCCUGUAUCGCAUUUAAGGGAUCUGCGUCUUGGGUUACACGUGGGG